GGCAGAACAGAGAGGUUAUGUUGGUAUGUGUUGAUAAGGCAGAAUAGAGAGGUUACGUUGGUAGUUGUAUUCUUUGCUCACUCUCUGCUCACAAGCAAUUUUUGAACAGCUACAGCUGACGAGAAAGUCAUUGGGAUAGAUAGAUUAACUUAACCAAACUUAACGUCACGAGCAAACUGCGUUGUUCAGUAAUGACAAAAGUAUACAAAACAAAACUCGAUGGAUAAAAUAAUAACAAAGUCUUUACUAGUUUCGAGAACUGCAAUGAUCAGACCACUGCUCAAAUGUCAAUGUUUAAGGGUCAUAAAAAAUGCAAGAAAUUUUUGCUUUAAACAUCAGUCAACCUCUACGGGUCUUUUACAGCCUUACAAAACACAGCUUGUAUAUAGGCAUCAGACUCGCAAUAUGUUCAUACAAACUCAAGACACACCAAAUCCAAACAGUUUAAAAUUUCUGCCAGGUGUCUCAGUUUUAGAACCUGGACAAACAAAAGAUUUCCCUAAUGGAACUGAGGCUUAUUGUUCCCCAUUGGCAAAAAUGUUAUUCCGCAUUGAAGGUGUUAAAGCAGUGUUUUUUGGUCCUGAUUUUAUUACCGUAACUAAAAUGGACGAGGAGGUAGAUUGGAGAGUUUUAAAACCAGAAGUAUUUGCUACUAUCAUGGACUUUUUUGCAAGUGGAUUACCAAUACUCACAGAAUCGCAGCAACCCUCAGAUACACAAAUAACUGAAGAGGAUGACGAAACGGUGCAAAUGAUAAAAGAGCUAUUAGAUACUCGAAUACGUCCCACGGUACAAGAAGAUGGUGGUGAUAUCUUAUUUAUGGGUUUUGAAAAUGGUAUUGUGAAACUUAAAAUGCAGGGAUCUUGUACAAAUUGUCCCAGUUCUAUUGUGACAUUGAAAAAUGGCGUUCAGAAUAUGAUGCAAUUUUAUAUACCCGAAGUUUUAGGAGUGGAACAAGUAGAGGAUGAAGUUGAUCAUGUAACCAAGAAAGAAUUUGAAAAAUUAGAAAAAAAAGUCACUAAUAUAGAAAGUAAUGAACAAAAGUAAUCUCAUUGAGUUAUCAUAAAUGUAUAUAACAUACGAUCAUAUGGUACUUUAAUCUAUAUUAAAAAGUUAAUUACCUAUUGUUUGAUCAAGGUAUACAUAAAUAAAAUCUGCCCUGUAUAUUCA